AUGCCCUGCAGGUGGAGUGCGUUGAUCCCCCUCUUUCACUCCGGAGGCAGUAUUUGUGUGAUCGUUUCUUCUUCAAAGCUUGAUACCCUUAGGCGGUUAUGUAACUCCCAAGAAAACCAUGGUCUUUCUUUCCUCCUUAAAACAUUCAUUUUUUGCACUAACCUCCCUCAUCCCACUGUGAAAUUUAAAACUAACCCCCUUUUCGAAGUCCCCUAUGACACCCUAGUUUUUCAACCCAACAUAGCCCUGGAUUUGGGCAUCAGAAAGGACUCCCCUGGGGCUGAUAGAGCCCUAAAUGAGAAACUCAAUACUGAGUGGCCGGACUGGCUCCCCAUCUACACCGAUGCCUCUAAAUUAUCUGAAGAUGGCAACGUGGGUUUGGCUGUAUGGCUGCCCAGAUACAGGGUUGUGUUGAGUUUCAAGUGUCCUCCUGAAACCUCGGUCUUCACGGGCGAGGCAACAGCUAUCUUAGAAGCUCUUCUCUACACUGAGUCCCACAAAUUAAAUAAAACUAUCAUUUUAUCAGAUUCGGCCAGCUGUUUACAAGCUAUCAUCGCUUAUCCAUUUAAAUCUAAAUCAAAAUUUCCAAUAAUUCUCAAAAUUAGAGAAACUCUUCAUCGCUGUGUGACUCAGGGUAUUGAGGUAGCUAUUGCCUGGAUUCCCGGACACAGUGGCAUCAUUGGUAAUGAGUGUGCAGAUUCCUUCGCUAAGGAAGCCGUUAGCUUGGGCCUGGAUACUCAUUACCAAAACUUCGCUCAUGACCUUGCCUCGCUCGCAGGUCCGAGGCUAGAUAGAUCCUGGAAAGUGUCCUGGGACACUUCCAGGAAUCUCAAAGGUAUUAACCCUGUAAAUAUAUCUAAAUUACCGUAAAGACAGUUAUAAUAUACAUGUGUGUUCCUUAUUACAAUUGAAUUUGGCGGAAUUUGCUGUGUCAGUCACACACGGCAUAGUGCCACAACCAAAGAUUGAUUGAUUGUGCA